AUGGGUGUUGACACGCCUAUAGGAGCUCUGGGCUUCGCCACCUUCGAAUCCCAAAUAACCGAGGUUCAUAUUUACAUUCGCGAUAUAUCUCCCAAGCUUUUGCCAUCAACCCAUAUAACAUCAACAGCGUUUGAAAAUCAUGCACUUGGCGCUCUUCCGGCCAUAUCUCUUGACCUGAAACGUGUUCAGGAAGAAGAGGAGGAAUUGGAGCUACAGGAUGACGAGAGGAAGGGACAGAUGACUUGA